AUGACCAUGGAUAUCAACCAACUUCGAAUUUCCAUCAUCGGCAACAUAGACGUCAAGUACAAGUUGGCAAACGAUGAAAGGUUUAUAAAAGAGAUAGUGACAGAGUUAUCCAAAAGUCUUCUGACUCCAGAAAACCUUAUUGAUGGUCUUACUGUCAUUAAGUUCUUGGCCAAGUUUGAUCAUAAGGUCUUGCAGUAUGAUGCGUUUAAACAGUUAAACUCAAUCCUAAUUGAAAUUAUUGAUCAAUUCACGGUUUAUAUGAUCUAUCACAACAAGAACAAAUCGGUUUUCGAAUUGACAAAGUCCAACUACGAAGCGGUCAGCUUAUGUAUUGAGUUAUUGAACAUUUUGUCUAUUAAACAGCCAAGUUUCAAAUUGUCACGGUUUGUUUUGGUGUUGUUGGAAAUUAAUUACGAAUCCAGCUUAACUUUGCCUCAAUCAUAUACUACUAGUUUGAUCACCCAAUGUGUUGAUUUGAUUCCCAUAAUCUCGAACCCUCAAUUAGAGCCUUUGCUUAUCACAAAAUUAAUAAGCAGAAUCAACUUUGAAAUAAGCUCUACCAAACCGUUAAGCUUGAAAUUCAUCUACAAGUUAGUGUUGAAUUUGAACUACAUUUUGAGCUAUGAGCUGAUUCACAAAUACAACCUUGAACUCCUCGACUCAACAAAAUUGGGGUUGUCUAAUUUGAUCAAAUUCGAUAAUGAGCUUUUGAACUUGAACAUUAUCAACUUAUUGUUCUUGUUCGAAAAGGAUCUUCAACCUAAAAAUUAUCAGGUCCAAGCUUAUGUGUCUUACGAUGAAAGUGUCAAUUAUGUCAAUAAGCUCAUUGAACUUAUUGAAAUCAACCAAUAUUCGAUCAACCCAUUCAAAACACUAUCGAACUUGAUCAUUAAGAACGAUAACUUGGUUUCUGAAUUGAUCAAAUUCAAGAUCGAUUUGAAGCUCAUCAACUAUUUGAAGGUCAACCUAAAGACUUUCAAAUUGAACAAGUUGAUAGAAAUAAACUUAUCAGAUAUUUUAUUACUCAUUAGUUUGUUGACCCAUAACCAAGAAGAAUUUCGGGUCAGGUUCGUGAACAAAUUCAACUUUAAGCAUUUGUUGAAUAAAUUGUGCAUAGACUACCGAACUUUUCUUAUUCGAUUUGCGAAGAAAGCAUCCAACAAUGAGUUGAGUCCUAAUGAUACACUAUUCAAGUUUAUUAACCAUAAGAUUUUUACAAACUGUUUCAAUAUGAUUAGAUCUCUCUCCAGGUCUAUAAUUUUAUUAAGAACCUUCUUCAUUGACUUAAAUAUUGUGGAUAUCUUGAUUGAUAUUUUGGCGUUGUUGGAAGGCUUAAGGAUUAAAUCUGAGAAUAAGUCCAUUGUUUUAAGUAUAUUUGCUAACUUGAUCUUGGAUUUCAGCUCCUUCCGUUACAACUUAAUCAACAAUGAAAAAUUUUUGAAUACAUUGUUGAAGGUCAACGAAAACAAUCAGGCAAUUGAUGAAGGUGAUGCUAUCUACAAAGAACAACUUAACCUCAUAUUCCUUCAAAUUUUGAAGAAUUUGAUGUACAACGAAAAUGAAGAAAACAAAAUCAAACUCAUCGAAUCUCAUUUCUCAUUGACCUUAUUGUUAAAAUUUAUAAGAUAUGAUAGGACUGAAGAUGGGACUGAACUACACAGCUUGAGAUUGAAACAGAAGUUGGCGAGCUUUGAUAUCGUCCGGAACUUAUCAUCAAACUCCAAUUACUUUAAUAGUCAUUUAUCAGAGUUCUUUAGCUCCCACUUGGAUAUGAGCUGGUAUCAUUUAUUAACCUUGAAUAUCGUCAACUUGUCAAAUUUCGACAGAAACUUGACACGACUCACUCAUGAUAAUCUCCUCAAGCUCAUUCACAAUAGUGACUACGUUAAUCUAAUUCUUUCCAUCAACUACAUUGAAAACCACAAGAUUUUGACCAUCAAUGAUCUUCACUUGAACAAAAACUUUUUAGGUUUAUGGCUUGUGUUUUUGAAUUUGUCUCCAUUCAAUAAAACCGAUAUCAAUGCCAGCAAGGCCCAGAUGUUCAAAUUCUAUUCUAAUCUAAAUGCCAUCAAAAUGAGUAUCCUCUGGAUCUUAUUGAAUCUUACCUGGCAAGAUAAAAAGUUCGAUAUCAUAUUGUUCAACGACUCCACUGAGUUGACCCUUGAAACCUCGGACGAUACCGAUUUGAUCGGUGACUUCAAAGAGCAUAUUUUCAAUGGGAACUCGACAUCUGCCCCCUCGGAAACAGUAAAUCUCAGUGACAUCGUCACCAGGGUAACGUUUUUGAAAGAUUUCGGAUUUGUGAGCUCGGUUAAAAGGCUCAAGAACUCGCUCACCACUCAGUCAAUCAUGGCCCACCUGAAAGAAGACGGGUUUAUGAUAAACGAUCUCAUCGAGAAGACUAGUUCGGUGUUGCACCAAGUAGAUUGUGUGCUUAAUGGAAAACCAAACCGCCCAUCCCAUAUUCAAGACCUCAAACGAUACAGUGCCUAUGGUGCUCCUGAGCCUCCAAAAUUUAUCCACACGACGUUCCACCCUGUUAACCGUGGUGGUGAAGGAUUUGGCUACGACUCGGACGAUUAUGUCGAUGCGGAGGAUAUUCAGGUUCAGGAUGCCGAAGAGGACGAACCUGCUGAUCACAAUGAGACCCGUGAUGAAGAUGAAGAUGACGAUGUGGACGGAGUUGACGAUGUGGAUGAUCUUUGGGUUCGGUGAUAGACAGCAACAUCAGCCGAGGCGAAUCUAGUUAGCAGCUACGGGCUAUAAACCAAUAUAGGAAAUCGGACGUAGCAUAUGAAGCAUACGAGAGCUAGACAAAAUAGUAUAGGUAAAAUACCAACCAAUACGGAUUUAA